AUGAUGACCAAGGCAAUCACUCUCAUCUCCGCCCUCACAGUGGCAGGAGUCGCAAGCCCCACAAUCGGUUACGCAGGCUACUUCUAUGCCGACUGCGCCAUCCCAAGUAUCGACGCCGCCAACGCCUACGCCGGAUCCUGCAUCAACGUUGAGAACUUCCCGAUCAAAUCAUUCACUGCCUACGUUGAGUCCGGCUCCUGCGGCGACGGUACCUCUGCCGUAUUGAACACCUACACUGCCGCUAGCUGCAAUGAGUCUACCCUCUUUGAGAGUUUCAGUGUGGAUAGUAAGAAGCAGUGCUUUGAGGCUGAUGUCACUCUUAAGCGUGAUCAAUUCUACAAGCUACGGCCCCGCACAUCCAAGAAUGUGGCGCUGACAUGCAGCCAGCCCGCCGGAAUGUUACGACUUCUGGCCAUGCAAAGCAAGCCUGUAACCGCAUUGAUCGGAUUUGAUUGGUGCGAGCCGUUCUUCACUGUCCCAGGUUCUCUGGGCGUCGGGAGUAGCGUGGCUAUGUCGUAA